AUGGACACUUUUGAAGGCAAGAACAUUGUUUCAGAAAACGUUAUUCUGACAACAGACAGGAAUGCUUACUAUGAGUUCACAGGGAAUCCAGAUAAAAGUUCUAUGGAGAAAGUUAUGGUUAUUGAAAUGCUAUACGGUCCUUAUGAUCUUUGUCAAAAUCCACUCUUCCAUCAAAACUCGAGCCCUCAGCCUUGUACUAAGAUGAGAGAAGCCAAAUUACCCUGUUUUUCCAACUACGGACUGCAGUGGUAUUUCAAGCAGCUAAGCAAGGAAGAGUUUCAGACAUUUAAGGAAUUGCUCAUGGAAAAAGCUUCAGAAUUGGCAGUGUGCUCCUUUCCAUGGGUUGAAGUGAGCAACGCCAAUGUGGAACAUCUAGCCUCCCUCUUGCAUGAGCAUUAUAAAGAAUCUCUUGCCUGGAAAAUAUCCAUUCACAUCUUUGAAGAGAUGAACCUGUCCACGCUCUCUGAGAAGGCAAGGAAAGAAAUGAAAAAAUAUUCACUGACUGAAAUACCAGAAAAUUCUACACCAAAGAAGAAUGACCAAGAACCAAACAUGAAAGAAGGGCCAGAAAUUUCUCAAGCUAUAGAACAAGAUGGUGCCAGAGCAGCAGAGACAAAAGAACAAGACCAGGUGCUGUUCUCCACAUCUUACAACUAUGCUGUGGCAUCCUACAGCAGUCUCAUAGGGGAGACUUUCUUCAAACAUUGUCUCCUGUUUUUCUUCUCCCUUCCCCUGUCCAACUUGGGCCGUGGAGGUAACACAUGGAACUACAAGGACUAUGUGAUGACAAAAUUUGCUACAAAGUUAGAUGAAUACCAUGGUUCUGAAAACUUUGCCUCAGACUAUCCAGAAAUGCAAACAUUGCUUGGUGCUUUUAAUCCAGACCAGAGGGGCUUCCAGCCUCGCACUGUGGUUUUGCACGGAAAAUCAGGAAUUGGGAAAUCAGAUUUGGCCAGAAGGGUCCUGCUGUCCUGGGCACAGGGUAAACUCUACCAGGGCAUGUUUUCCUAUGUCUUCUUCCUCGGUGCCAGAGAAAUGCAUUGCAUGAAGGAGGGCAGUUUUGCAGAGUUGAUUUCCAGGGAAUGGCCAGACUACCAGGUCCCAAUGAUGGAUAUCAUGUCCCAACCAGAAAGGCUCUUGUUUGUUGUUGAUGGCUUUGAUGACCUGGACUUUGCCUUCAAAGACAAUGACCCGAAUCUCUGUGAAGACUGGACAGACAAACAACCCACAUCUGUUCUGAUGCAUAGUCUGCUGAAGAAAGUCUUGCUCCCGGAGUCCUCCCUGAUGAUCACUGUCAGAGACACGGGCAUAGAGAAGUUAAAAUCCAUGCUCACAUCCCCCCGUUACCUAUUAGUCAGGGGCAUCUCAGUGGAGAAAAGGAUUCAGUUGCUUUGUCAGCACACAAAGAAUGAGCAUCUAAAGACACAAGUCUUGCAUUCAGUGGUAGACAACCAUCUGCUAUUUGAGGAGUGCCAGGCUCCCAUCUUGGGGUCACUCAUCUGUGAGGCUCUGAAUCUGCAGGAGGCAUCAGGAAAGAGCCUUCCCCCUACCUGCCAAACUCUCACGGGCUUGUAUGCCACUUUUGUGUUCCAUCAGCUCACUCCACGAGAUGCAUCCCGGCGCUGUCUCAACCAGGAAGAGAGGGCCAUCUUGAAGAACCUGUGCCUAAUGGCUAUGCGGGGAGUGUGGAAUAGGAAGUUUGUGUUUUACAGAGAUGACCUGAGUGUUCACAGGCUCAGGAAGUCGGAGCUCUCUGCUCUGUUUCAGACAAACAUCCUCCUCCAAGAUGGCAGCCAUGAAAGGUGCUACACGUUCCUGCAUGUCAGCCUCCAAGACUUCUGUGCUGCCCUGUACUAUAUUCUAGAAGGACUAGAAACGGAGUGGGAUCCCUACCCUGUGUUCAUGGAGAACAUGAGGAGUUUGGUGGAGCUCAAACAGAUCAGCUCCAAUGCCCACUUGUUCCAGAUGAAGCGUUUCUUGUUUGGCCUCAUGAGCAAAGAGGUGAUGGGAGCCCUAGAGGUCCUGCUUGGAUGUCCUGUCCCCCUGGUGAUGAAGCAGGGGCUUCUGUGCUGGAUCUCUUUACUGGGUCAGCAGGCCAGCACUGCCACCCCACCAGACUCCCUAGAUGCCUUCCACUGUCUUUUUGAGACUCAGGAUGAUGAAUUUGUUCUCUUGGCAUUGAACAGCUUCCAGGAAGUGUGGCUUCCAAUAAACCGGCGUAUGGACUUGAUGGUGUCCUCUUUCUGCCUUCAGCGUUGCCAGUAUUUGCAGAAAAUUCGGAUGGAUGUCUGUGAAAGCUUCUUAAAGGAUGAAUUCACUGAGGCACAUCCCCUAGCUCCCCAAGGGAUGCCGAUUAAGACCCUUGCUGAUGAGUGGUGGGAAAGUCUCUGCUUGGUGCUUAGCACCCACCCGAGUCUGCAGCAGCUCGACCUGAGUGGCAGCACCCUGAAUGAAUGGGCCAUGAAGACCCUCUGCAUCAAGCUGAGACAGCCAACCUGUAAAAUACAGAAUCUGAUAUUUAAAGGUGCACAGGUUACCCUGGGUCUUCGUCAUCUCUGGAUGACUCUCAUCACCAACCGCAAUAUUAAAUGCCUUAACUUGGAAAGCACUCACCUAAAGGAUGAAGAUCUGAUGAUGGUGUGUGAAGCAUUAAGACACCCAAACUGCUUGCUGGAAUCUCUGAGGUUGGAUCACUGUGGACUAACCCCAGCUUGUUGCCUGGUGAUCUCCCAAAUCCUUGUUACAUCCAUCAGCCUAAAAUCUCUCAGCCUGGUAGGAAAUAAGGUGACAAACCAGGGCAUAAAGCCUCUCUGUGACGCCUUGACAGCCUCACAGUGCACGCUGCAGAAAAUGAUACUGGGGAAGUGUGGCCUCAAGGCUCCCGACUGCCAGGACCUGGCCUCAGCCCUCAUCAGCAACCAGAGUUUGACACACCUGUGCCUGUCAAGCAACAGCCUGGGGAGCGAAGGCAUGAAUCUGUUGGGUCGAGCCAUAAAAUUCCCCAACUGUGGACUACAGAGGCUGAUACUAAACGAAUGCAACCUGGAUGUUGCUGGCUGUGGCUUUCUUGCAUUUGCACUUAUGGGCAACAGACAUCUGACACAUCUGAGCCUUAGCAUGAAUCCCUUGGAAGAUGAUGGGAUGAACCUUCUGUGUGAAGUCAUCAUGGAACCAUCUUGUCACCUCCAGGACCUAGAAUUGGUUAAGUGUCAUCUCACUGCCGGCUGCUGCAAGAAACUGUCCCAUGUGAUUGUGAGGAACAAACACCUGAAGAGCCUGGAUCUGGCCGUGAAUGCCCUGGGUGAUGAUGGCGUCACAGCCCUGUGUGAGGGGCUGAAGCACAGGAAGGCUUCUCUGAAGAGGCUUGGGUUGGAGGCAUGUGGACUGACUUCCGGCUGCUGUGAGGUCCUUGCCUCGGCUCUCCUCUGCAGCCAGCGCCUGACCAGCCUGAAUCUGAUGCGGAAUGAUUUCAGCCCCAUGGGAAUGACGAAGCUGUGCCCAGCCUUUGCACAACCCACAUCCAACCUGCAAAUAAUCGGGCUGUGGAAAUGGGAGUAUCCCACUCAAAUAAGGAAGCUGCUGAAGGAAGUCCAGCUAGUCAAGCCACAGAUUGUCAUUGGUGAUGAUUGGUAUUCUUUUGACGAAGAUGACCGGUACUGGUGGAAAAGCUGAAGACUCCUCCCACCCCACCCACUCUGAUGGAAGAACAUUAAAAAUAGUCUUCUGGGGUAAGCUGUCCCAGAAACUCCCUCUUGGGGAUAGAAUAUUAGUUCUGGUUCUCACA